GAAUUUCGCGCGAUAAAUACGCAAGGAAUGUUAAAUGCCCGGUGUGAAUGGCGUAUUUCUUGUUAUUAUAAUAUUUUGUGCUUAAUCACCAAUUGUACAUAUAUGUCCAUGUACUUAUUUUUAAAAAUUAAUCAUUGAUGUUUAGUCUAAAAUAAAAUGGAUAGAAUAAUAAAAGGUAUAAUGAGAUACAGACAGUGUCACAGAGAAGGAAUGGUUAAACAAUUUAAACAAGUUAAAGAUCAUCCCGAACCAAAAGCAGUAUUUUUUACUUGCAUGGAUUCACGGAUGAUUCCUACUAGAUUCACGGAAACAAAUGUUGGAGAUAUGUUUGUUGUACGUAAUGCUGGUAAUGUUGUACCACACUCGCAACAUUUUAUUGAUGAAUUAACAAUGUGUGAGCCGGCAGCUUUGGAGCUUGGAUGUGUUGUUAAUGAUAUACGUCAUAUUAUUGUUUGUGGUCACAGUGAUUGUAAAGCCAUUAAUUUAUUGUACUCUCUUCAGGAUGAGGAAUUUGCUUCAAAAGAUAAUAGAAGAAUAUCACCAUUGAGAGCAUGGUUGUGUGCUCACGCAAAUAGUAGCCUAGAAAAAUUUAAACAAUUAAAAACAACUGGAUUUCAUCAGCCUAUGAUUUUUCAAGCUGAAACUCCAAUGAGAAAAUUUGUCGCUUACAUUGAUCCAGAAGAUAAAUUUGCUGUUGAAGAUAAACUUUCACAGAUAAAUACACUUCAGCAAUUACAAAAUAUUGCGUCAUAUGGAUUUUUGAAAAAACGUUUGGAACGGCAUGAUCUUCAUAUUCAUGCACUUUGGUUUGAUAUUUAUACUGGAGAUAUAUACUAUUUUAGUCGGGGUGCCAGAACGGUGGUAGCAAGUGAACUAGAGCAUGCCACUCCCGAAAGAGAAAGCAAAACAACAAAACUACUUAUACUAAUAUAUAAGCAUAGCCUAAGCCUGUCGCCUCUUUACUAUUUAAACUCUAAAAGUAUGCAAUGUAUCAACAACACAUGGACACAUAUACCUAUAUUUGCAGCUGAUUCGUUAAAGAAACACGUUAAAAUUAUUAUUAUUAUCAUCAUCAUUAUCGAUGAUCAUUGCCACUAAUUAUUGUUGAUACCUAUUUCACGGUAAAAGUGAACAUGUCUUACCAAACUCCCCAUUAUCAUCAUCGUAAAGAUUCAGACACUGUCUAUUAAUAUUAUACAUUAUAUUUUUAACUGGAUAAUUUAUGCGUGUGUUAUUCAUCCAUUCAAUUAUUAAAUAUAUUAUUUUUUAACUACAAUAUUAAUGAUUUUUUUAUAAUUUCAAACAUCCGUGUUGAGAUUGAUUUAUUUAAAACGGCCCUUUAUUCUGUUAGAACUAAUUGAUUCAUUAUUUUAUAUCGAUAAAAAAAAAUCGAGGAUGACAUACUAUCCUAAAUCAGUAGACAAAUUUAAUAUCAUUUUAAAAAUAGUAUCCCAAAAACUAAAAAUAAAAAAAAUAAAAAAAAAAAACUAGGUUCCAUGGUUCGUCAGUUUACUCACGAGAACGUAACGGUUAGGCUAAAACGUAAGAAAGUGCACGAGUUGUCACGGAACUUUCGCUUUGAUAAACCAACUUUAGUAUAUAUAUAUAGAUAAUAAAAAUAAAAAUAAGAAUAAUAAUUUUAUCCACCUCUGGUUGCUUAUAUGUAUAGAAAACCGCAGCAGCAGCAGCACAUUCUUUAUACAUCCUUUAUCACUAUCAGGAUGCGCUCUAUACAAUAAUUUCAAAUAUAAAUAAAUGGGGUAUACAUUACCACCACAUAUAAGGGGUAAAAAAUAUUAAACAUAAAUUUAGUACUUUCUUUUGCUGAUACUUCCGGGUACUUAUAUAUAACAUUUUGUUUUGUGUUUUUACCUUAAAAAAUUGUAUUAUAUUUUACUGUAAAAAAAUUUAGGUAGACCAUAGCGUGUCCAAGUCAUAAGACACUUCUACUAAUAUAAACCGAUGACCUACUAUAUAUUAUAUUGUACAUAUGUACUGAGAGAAAAAAAAAAAAAAAAAAGUGCCAUAAACUUAUUGACAAUAAUAUAAAAUACAUGUUUAUAUUUUACGUAAAUACACAUAAUAAUUUAAGCCCGUGUACAGUGUAAAUGAUUUUAUUGAUUGUAUUUAUAUAUUUCUUAUAUGAAUGUCAUUAAACAAGUUGUCAUCAGUGCGGAUCGAUCUACUUUUUAGAGCAGGGUGAUAUUCUGUGAUAUUAAUGACUCAAAGGCGUAUCGAGGUCUUGUCAAUAUAAUAUUCUUAGACAGAUCAUUGAGUUAUUAAGUUUUAUUUGUUGCUGUUCAAGCUCAACAACAGAGAAAUACUCUUAAAAAAUUUUUAAUAUAAAUAUAUAGAUAAUUACAACAAGUGCAAUACACUACCAGUAGUUUAAAAUAAAAAAAAAAAUUAAAGUAUAUUUAUGAGUCUUACUCACGUAGAAGGCAGGCGUAACAAAGUAGCAAUACCCGUAACAUAGAGCACAUCCAAAAGAGUAAAAGAGUAAAAGAGUAACAGAGAGUUUAUGGUUGGACACACACCACUGGUUGUGCGGUUUUUUCUUUAUCCAGGCAAGCUUUGUUCUGAAAAAAUUUAUAUAAGUUUAUGUAUUUAAUUAAAAAAAAAAAAUAAAAUAAUGUACUAAUAAAUGUAUUAGUGUAUUAAUUUUACUUGAAAAUAAUUAAAUCAAGCUCAUAUAAAUUACGUGCUACGAAUUGAGGUUUAGGUAUACAUUUAUAUAGUAAUGUAUAGAAAUGACACAAAUUUUAUUUCCAAAUGUCGAACCCAAGUGGUAAAUAUAUAAUGAUACAACCUCUCUCAAAUGCCAGCAUAGCAAAAAUCAAGAACAAAAAACGAAGAAUUAAUAGAGUCGGAUUUAUUUAAUAUAUGUAUUAAAAUAAAUUCAGAGUAAGUGAUAUGGUACGUUGCCUCGACAACCAAUCUCAUACAUACAUAUAUUGAUGAUGAUGAUGAUGAUGAUAAUAAUAAUAGUAGUAGUGAACUCGUUAUUAAUUCCAACGAUAAGCAGUAGGCGCUGUAUAUACUGACAACUGAGACAAAAAUGUCCAAAAUUCUGUAGCCAUUAUCCCGUUAUUCUAACGUUUUAACUGUAUAAUCAUGCCGCGUACUACUACUACUACUUUUACUAAUACUAUUACUGAUGAUGAUAAUAAUAAUGUCUAGCGAUUCUGUCCUCGAUAAUAUAUAAAUCAACCAUUUCAUCAGAAUAAUAAAUAUUUGUAUAUUCUAUAUAAUCGGGAGUCAGUGACUCUUAUUAGCCAGGUCAGACGUUAAUUUACUCAUUAUGGGAGAAAUUUAUAUUGUGUGUUGUUGGUUGGGCAAGGAUUUAUUCACUGAUCUGUCAAAUGUCCUUCAUUUUUUUUUUUUUAAAUUCUACUGCAAAUACAAUUUUUACAUAAUUAUUGUUUGCUAAUCAAAUAUCUUUUGUAAUUUCAUUAUUUAUUAUAUUAUAAUUUUUUCUUACUGUAAAUAAGUAAUCAACACUAUUAUUAUAAUAUGGAGUGAUUAUAUUAUUGUCAACUAAAAACUCAAGUUCAAAAACAGUAACAAUAGGUAUAUAAUAUUAUACAUAUAUAUAUAAUGGCAGUAGUAUAAUAAUAUUACAAUAUAAAGAGUUAAGAGUUAAGAGAUGCGGUGAGAGGAGAAAAAAAAACUAAAAAGAGAGAGACUUACACUACCAUGACAGUCAGUUUGUGAGUUUUAAGUUGUAUUGGUUGUACUGCGCGGCGUAUAUUGUGUGCGGGCUUGGUUUGUGCGCUGUGCGUGCUACUGACCUACAAACAUACUUACCUAUGUUAUAUUAUAUAUAUACAUACUGACUAAUUUUAAACGUUUACGUCCUAUCUUUACUCCUUUAUAGCAUUUUCACUACACGCUGUAUGUAAUACUUGUAUACAUAUUUAUUCUAUUAUUAUUAUUAUAUUAUUCGUUUUUCCCGCGUAAUCUUCCAAACGUGAAUUUAAUCUGAGGCUAUGACCAAUAUCCGAUAUUUUUAAUUUCAUCUUUCUCCUAAUUACAUUAAAUAGUUCGUUAUCCUAUUAGAAAUUAUUGAAAUUUUUUUAAUUGGAUUUAUUUAAUAUUUAAAAAUUUUGGUAAUUAUGAUAUUAGUUAGAUAAGAGAUAUAAAAAGGAAUAAUAAUAAAAAAGUAUGUAAGCAUUAGCGGUGGGCAUGUGUUGUCGAGUUGUUGGAUGAUGCGGGCUUAACGGAUUUCUUGGUCAACAGUUAGACAGACGUAUGAGAAUUCGGAAGUUAUAAUAAGUGUGUAGUAGAUUGGGAGUAUUUAUGUUAUACUAUUUAUCCUUUUCUUACAAUAAUAUAUUAUAUUUUAUUCAUUUAUUAUUAAUUAUCAACAGUUGAUUUUAGUUUGGUUUAUACUAUUUAUAAUUUUAUACCUUCUUAGGCGCACUCUCCAUCUCAAUUGACCCACUUGUUUAACAGGACAAAACCAUGAAUAUAUAUAUAUACAUAUUAUCGACGUACAAAAACACAAUAUUGUGUUAAAAAAAAAUUUUUUUUUUCUUUUUUUAUGCCACUUAUUGUACAUAAUAUCUUUAAUAUGCUGGAGAAAGAAAUGAGAAAUAAUAAUAAUUAUUAUUAUUAUUAUGGUGACAAUGAGAGGAAGAGGAAAGAGUCUGAUGUAUACGAAAUAUGUAAAAAAGACUAUUAUUCGAUUUACUUUUAUUUUAUCCUGUAUAUUAUAUGGGUAAAAAAAAAAAAAUAAAUAAAUGUCGAUAUAGAUCCCAGUUGGCCGCCGUCAUUAAUUUAUUCAAUAUAUAAAUUUAUUCAGUCCCGGUUUCUUAAAAAUAAAUUUUUCAGUUCUCCUAUCAAUAAUAUAUUUAUAAAUGUAACGCUUAAAAGACGUAAACGACCCACUCUUGAUUUCGAGCCGGAUGGUAAAUAGCGCAAAACGUGAAAAUUCAUCGGCAUUUAUUUUAUUUAAUUAUUGACUUUUUAACGUCCUCAUUUUAUUUUUAUUAUUAUUGUUAUUAAUCUUGUUUAAGAUUCAAUUUAUUAUUACAGUAAUUUUUUUUUUUACUAAAGUUACUGGUAUUUAUAUAUUAUAUACAGCGUGAGUAAAACUCGUUGAUCUCUCCUUAUUUUCGCAUGAAUGGUCGCGUAGCUGAGAAAAAUAUAAAAUAUAUAUAUAUAUGUAUGUGGAUAUAUGGAUAUAUCUAUAUAACUUGUGAAACGGAAGGCCUUGACAAGGUCGAGCAAUGCCGCUGUACAUCGAGCAUCCAGUGUUAUGUGUAGAGUGUCGUAUAUACUAUAUUAUACACACUCGAUUAUUAUAUAUUAUCCAUUACUUUUUACAAUUAAAAUCUAAAAUUUUUAAUAAAAAUUUAAUAACGACCUAGAGUUUAAUAUAAUCUUGUAUUACAAUAAAUUUCAUGAAUGCAUGUGUCAAAAAGUGAGUAAGAGAAUAAUGUUUCGAAAAAAAAAUUAAAUAAAUAAAUAAGGGAUAUAUAAUUUACAUCUUUUAAGGGACGUUGAAUUUGGAUUGGAUCAACAAGGUGCAAAGGUAUAACGUCUAUAUUGAAUAUAUUGAAUUGUUGAAAAA